AUGUAUUAUAAUGAUACAAGUGAUGAUGAAGAUCCCUUACCGGUUCAAUCUUUAGAAUUCACAGUAAAUAAUAAUCAAGAACAGAAUAAUGAUUAUUCAACAUGUAUAUUGGUGGAUUUGUUAGAUAGAGAAAUUGUCAAAAAAACUGAAGAAGAGGGAAAAAAAUUAGGAAUCUGUAUGCAACAUUUCAAUGUUGAUCAAAAAUAUCAUAAAAAUAAAUUGAAAACUACAAUACCUGUAAUUGAUAAAAAUGUCCAGGUUCCUUGUAAUGAACAAAUAACCUGUCAUGCAUUAAAUAACUUUGGUGUGAUUUGCAAACCAGAAGUUGGUAUAGUUACUAAAGCUCAAUAUAUAUGCUGUGAAUGUUACCAAAAUCAUGGAGGGCAUUUACAUGUGAAAAUGGGAUCUGGAAAAUCACUAUUUGAUUGUGAAAAAUUUGGUUUACAUAACAGUGACCAUUCCACUUCCUUUGAUCUUCUAGAAACACAAGAAAUGGAAGCAAAAAAUUCAAGUUCAAAAGCAGUAAUAGAAAUAUUAACAAUAUCUGACCUGUUAUAUACAAAAGUGCCAAGUCCUUUUGUACUAAAGGUUUUCCUGAAGAUGUACAAAAAAAAAUUAGAAGAUACCAAUUCUUUUUCAUUAAAUGAACAAAGCAAAACUUUUGGUCAAAAUAUGGCAAAAACUCUAUGGAAUUCACAAACUAUGUUACUUGAACAAAAAAAUAAAAUAAAAAUGCCUGAUUCCUUGAAUGAAUAUUAUAAUGCACUUGCUCCUUUCUUAACUUCAGAAAGUGCUAUAAACCUUUUUGACAAAUUGUUGGUUACAUCAUUACAGAUGACAAUAGAAAAUGAUGUCAUUAAAUAUCAGAAAGAUUUUGAUGCUUCAACAAUCUAUCAAAAAAUGAUGAAGUGUGUUGAACAUGAGUGUAAUUAUUCUCCAGGAACUCCAAAUAAAGAUGCUGGUGUCUUUGAAUCUGUAGAUAUGUAUUAUAAUGAUUAUGAAAUAAAUCAAGAAGAUUACAUAGAUAUUGUUGCAGAUGAAUCAAUAUUUACAUAA